CUGUGACCGACUGACAAACUUCUGGCCUCCGGACACCAGGCGACGUGACGACGACCCACGUGACAGGCUGGAGAGGUAAGAAAAGAAGUGACACGGAAAAGAGGGAGAGAGGGGAGAAAGAGUCACCGAAAAGAGGAGAAAGCAGAGAAACUGAGGGAACAGGCAGAGGAUGGAGGAGGACUGAGUGUGGAACCUGUGUGGGGGUGAUGAGGUGACUCUUUUCUGUCUUCUCGCGGUGUUUUCCUCUGUCACUGAUGAGCGCUUGGAAAACACAGGUUGGACUGAGCUAUUGACAGCACAGGGCCUUCCGUUGACGCACACACCACGGCAGAGCACAUUAUUCAUGUGUGUUUCGGUUUUGGGGACGUGCAGACUCCACUUUUUCAUUCCAUACCGGAACAUUUUUUUUUAUUUCUCUCUAACUUUGUUGAACAUUUCCAAUUUUACAAGUCUGGUUUUUUUACAAACUUAAUUUUGGAUUCUUUUGAGGGGCUAUUUAUUUUUUCUUGUGAUUUUCUGUUCACUCAGCUGACGUACUUCACACCAUCCUUCUCUUGGAGAGAAUAAAAAACUUUUUCGUGGAAUUAUUCGAUUUUUGAUGUUUUCUCUAACUACGUUCUGCUAACUUUUUCUGCCGGCUCCCGUUUCCUGCUGAUCAUUUUGAACUGUUUUCAGUCCCUCUGUGCCUCCGACCUGCAUGGACAACAUGAACUCGUUUGUGGAAUAUAACAUUUGUACCCGGCCGGGGUCCGGCUCUUAUUCUGCCCCUAAAUCUGGAUACCAUCACCACCACCAUCAUCAUCACCACCAUCUGCAACACCAACAUCAUCCUCUGGAUCAGCAUCAGAGCUUUCCGGUGACCUCUGGUGCCUUCCAUACUGGACCAACCGGCGCUCCAGCUUCAGUUAACGGGUCGAGAAGUGACGGCAGCGCCGCGGGAGCGAGUUACACCGGGGAUGGGAGGCUGUACGGGGGCGCCGUAGGUGAUGGGGUUCACGCGACCGCAGGGGCCACCCAGCAUCAUCAUCAGCAUCCUCAUCAUCAUCAUGAGCAACAACAGCAUCAACAGACGCAUAACGGGUACCAUCAUCAUCCUCACCUUCACCAAACCCAAAGCUUACAAAGUGGAACAUUGUCUCCUUAUAAUAACGGGAAUAGUGGAAACAGCGGGGCCUUUGCGGGCCAGGCGUGCGCCAGGAACUCGGAGUACGCUGCAGCGACGGGCCCUCCGGCUAGCAUUCACUCCCAGUAUUUCUUGGAGGAGCCUGUGGCCUCCACCUAUUAUCAUCCAUCAUCCUUCCCCAGCUCGGCCCCCACAGUCGGUCCCAGCUACGGGGCGCUGGCCGGGGCCUACUGCGGGCCUCAGGGCGCUCUGGCCGGCUCACAGUACCCACAGCAGCUAGGCGGGGGUCUGGACACAGCGGGCUACCUGGGCCUUCCGCACGGGGGAGGUUACGGGGAGCUACCGGUCUCCCAGGACAGAGAAAGGGGAGACGAAGAGAGUCAGCAGGCCGGACAGGGGCAGACCUUCGACUGGAUGAAAGUGAAGAGGAACCCGCCUAAAACAGUCAAAGUUUCGGACUUCGGCCUCGCGGGCGCACACAACAACGCCAUGCGCACCAACUUCAGCACGCGGCAGCUGACGGAGCUGGAGAAGGAGUUCCACUUCAGCAAGUAUUUGACGCGGGCGCGGCGCGUGGAGAUCGCUGCCACGCUCGAGCUCAACGAGACACAGGUGAAGAUCUGGUUCCAGAACAGGCGCAUGAAACAGAAGAAGCGGGAGCGGGAGGGAGCCUCCGCCACGACGCGCUCCUCCUCCUCCGGUAUCGACAGCGGAUUCCACAAGGAGCUCGAGGAUACCGACCACUCCUCCGCGUCCACGUCUCCAGGCGCGUCCCCGAGCUCGGAGACGUCGUCAGAGCGAGCGGCGUGAUUGGUUCUGUCACUCAGAUCGGUGACGCUGCGGCAAACAGGUGGCCUACUGAGUGAUGUACUCAUGAGUGAUGCAUUCCAUGUUAUGCACGAAAUCUUUAAACAAAACGAUUCCUCACGCCGACAGCCCGCUUCUUCUGCUUCUGCUUUGAUUGCCUACAUGUCCCAGAAUUCCCCCUGAAACUUCUCCCAGCUCCUGGGCUGUUGCAUCCGAUCAGUUUUACAUGUGGUGAGAAGACUUUCUGAUGUGUAAACACUGUCCCACCUUAAUCAAACCUUCCUUGUUCUGGUACA